AUGGCCGACGUCAAGCAGUUGCUAAAGGAGGCUAAACAAGAAUUGGCAAGAGCCGACUAUGAAGAAGCCAUUUCUAUUUCGAAAGAAGUCUUGAAGCUGGAUAAGAAUAACUAUUUUGCAUAUGUGUUUCUGGGAAAAUCCUAUGCUUCUUUGACAGAAAAUGAUAUUAAUCAUAACCUAACGAAUGCAGUGAACAAUUAUAAGUCAGCGACACAGUUGGUUCCAGAGAACCUUCUGGCAUGGAAAGGCCUGUUUCUUCUGUUUCAAAAUCAUGAGACUAGGAAACAUAUUCUUCCGGAUAUCGUGUCAUUUGAUGACUUUUUCCUACUGUGUAGUACGUACAUGGAGGUGUUGCUUGAGCUCCAGGAGUCUCAGGUCGAUCUCAUAAACUUGAUAAAGAACAUGAAGCUACAUUUCACAGGCAAUGAUGACUUUUCAGAAUCUUAUUAUAAAUCUUUCCGAACUGGUACAUUACUGUAUGAACUGAUGGGUAGGCAUUUAUUCAAAGACCCAGGUCAACCCUUACAAGAGUUAAUCAAGAUUCUAAGUGCAAAAGAGACAUUGCAAGUAUCUAAAAUUUUAAGUCAAGAAAGAUUGAAGCUGAGUACCAAUGAUCCAAAUUAUCAAAUCAAAGUAAAUUCAUUAGCAUGGAAAAUCUACAAGGACUCUAUAUUAGAUGAUCUUUAUAAUCAGUUAGUGAACUUGAUCGAUGAUGAUGCCGAAAGAAAAGCCCUAGAGGGAAUGUGGCUUGAAUAUAGAAUAAAAGUAUUGAAAUCAAUGCCAACCGAUAUCAAAUUGCAGUAUUUUGACAAAAUAAGGACAAUGGUUGAUGAAAUGGUUCUGAUUGAUCACGACUCUUUGAUUGCAUGGAAAUAUUAUUUCGAUUGGUCUGAUUUCAGUGAUCUAGACUCGAUGGAUCCUAUGAUUGUAAUAAAAUUUUUCCAGCGAUUUCCUAAUGAACCUUUGGCCAUUUUACUGUAUGCCUGGAUUAACUCUAAUUUUUCAAGUUAUAAUGUAAAAGCACUAGAUAUUAAACUUGAUGAAGCAGAUUCAAGGAAUACUGAUUUUGAAGAAGAUGAAGAUGAAGAAGAGCUUAAGGAACUGAUGCAAAAUGAUAGGGAUGAUGAAGACCAAUCAAAAGAUAAGGGUUGGUUAUCUGAGGAAGAUAUAUUGACGACUUUGAUAGAAAAUAUCGGCCAGACUAAAAACAGUACCUUAGCUUAUCGUAUCAUAUCUCGAUACUAUAUUCUAAAUAAAGAAUAUGAGGCUGCUUCCAAAUAUAUCAAAGCUGGUAUAUCACUUAUCUCAUAUAAUAUUAGAGAUCUUGGUACAAAUUUGAUAAACAGUAAGAAAGAGCUGACGAUCGAUUUAGCCACGUGUUACACUUAUGUCGAAUCUCCAAAGAAUCAUAAGCCUGCUUUAUCUUUGUUUGAUAAAAUCUUGUCCGAGGAUCCAACAAAUAUUAAUGCAAAAAUAGGUAAAGGUAUUAUUGCCAUUGAAAGGGAGGAUUGGAACGGCGCUUAUACGUUAAUAACUAAUAUCAUUGAACAAGAACCUUCAACUUCAUCAAAUUUAGAAAUUCUUUCACAGUUGGCAUGGUGUAAAGGGCACAUUGGUGAGUUAGAUGAGUCAGUCGAGUUAUUUACAACAAUUGUGAACAAAAUUGAAGGGACUGAUUUACGUACAUUGGAAUUUAAAUCGAAGACCCUGUGGAGACAAGCCAAAGUUUAUAUUUCGAAAUACUACGAGGAUAAAGAUGAUAUCAAUAUAAAAAUUGCGUUCAAGUUACUGGUUCAAGUUAUUAAAUAUUGUUCGGACACCUAUGCAGAAGCUUACUCAUUAUUGGGUGAUAUCUAUGCAAAGUUUUACAAUGACAGAGGAAGAGCUUUUAAGUGUUACUAUAAGGCCUUUGAGCUAGAUUCUGGUGAUAUAGCUGCAGCAGAAUAUAUCUGUACCAUCUAUACUGACUGUGGUAACUGGGCAACAGCUUCCCAGAUUGCGGAAAGAUUGAUCAAAUCGGAAAAUGCCAAAACCGAAUUGCGCAAGGCUAACUGGCCAUACAGAGUUAUGGGGAUUUCAUUUUUAGAGGACCAGAAUGAAACUGAUUCGAUCGAAUGGUUCCAGUCUGCAUUACGUGUUGAUCCAAAUGAUAUAGAAUCGUGGGUUGGUUUAGGUCAGGCCUAUUUUGCAUGUGGGCGUGUUGAAGCCUCUAUCAAAGUUUUUGAAAAAGCUGUCGAGCUGUCUCCUGACCAUAACUACGCUAAAUAUUUCAAUUCCGUAGCGCUUGCUCAAAUGGAUGAGUUCGAAAGAGCAAUCGAUAUACUAAGACAUGUCUUGAAGGACGAGCCGGAAAAGGAGGUAUUUAAGAUGGAAUUGGCGACUCAAAUAGUUGAUUAUUCUUUUGAUUUAUACAAUCAGGGUUAUCUCAUGAAAGCAAUAGCAAUCAUUAGCGAAGCCAUCGAUCUGAUCAAGGAAUUAGUCAUAGAUUUGGACUGUGUCAUUCAGAAUGUAUGGAUUACACUGUCCAAAGUGCUUUAUCUUUAUCUAUUGGUAGAAUCAAAAAUCGAUACACUACCAGUCGAAUCAUUGGUAGCCAUUUUUUCUGCAUUUGUUUUACCUGAGGAAACUGAGGAAAUAAAUAAUAUUGAUGGUGUCACCCUUGAUAAGUUGCUGUCUUCCGAAAGUACGGACAAUAUAUCUAUUGCAUGCGACUUUCUGAUAUUGGCCUCCAAAUAUGCAAUUGCAUCCCAUGCAGACAACUUUCAGACUUUACCAGGUACGCUUAGAUCAUCUAUAUGGUAUAAUCUUGGUAUUUCGGAACUGAUGGCUUACUGCACUAUCAAGGAAUUACGCUAUAAAGAUGCUGCAAUUAUGUCUUUUAAAAAAUCUAUCAAAUAUCAAUCUAAUAGUCCAGAAGCUUGGAUUGGGUUCGGUAUAGCCACAAUGGAACUGAAUUAUCAUGUUGCCCAACAUUGUUUUAUUAAAGCAAUGGUUUUAUCACCAAAGGAUGUCGAAAUCUGGUUUAAUCUAGCAUUACUCGCUCUGCAAAAUAACGAUACUGUAUUGGCUGGUGAAAUAAUGUCGAGAGCCCAAAGCAUGGCCCCACAGAACUCCUCACCAUGGCUGGGUAUGGCAUUGUUAUAUGAAAAGGAGGGUAAAUCUACUGAAAGUGCAAACAUGUUUGGGCAUUCGUAUAUUUUGGCCAAUGGUAGAUCUAAGAUUGUACAGCUCUUAUAUGCAAGUAGCGUUUUAAAAAACAGAAUAGGGGGUGGUAAUGAAGAAAGAGACCUCACUGCUACUGAAGAACUGAAUACUAUUGCUUUUGGUCUGGAGCAGUAUUUCAAAAAAAAUCCGAAUGAUCCAUUCGCAUUACAAUGUGCUUUGUUGGUGUUGGAAAGACUUCACAACUUCAAGGUUGCUGAAAAGCUUGCUAACAGAUUGACUGAGAACCUUGAGAAGAGAUUCGAAAAAACUCAAAAUGAUGAGGAAUUGUUUAAUUUUGCCAUUGUCAAAUCUCAAUUGGCAAGAAUUCAAUUAGGUUCCGGUGAUUACGAAAAUGCCGUAGAAAAUGCAAAUUUAUCGCAGGGUUUAUUGACAGAUUACCAGGAAAAUGGUUUGCAUAGCAAGAAAGUGCUGAAGGGAAUUUUAUCCAACUAUAUUUGUCUGGGAUUAUCGUUUUUCUAUCUUGGCAACUUCGACGAAACUCUAGUAAACUUUCAACAAUUGUUGAACCUCUCAAAAGACUCCAAAAGUCUGAUAAUGCUUAUAUCGAAAGUUCUUUAUGAAGUAGGCGAUGAAGCUAAAGAAAUAGCAAUGCAGGAAUUAACCGAUUAUGCUCUACAAUACGGCUCUGAUCUUUUCAUCACCUUGACAAUUGUUGCUAUGACCAUUUUAGAAAACGAUGGUGAUAGCAUGAGGCACGUGUUGGAUGAAUUGAAAUCAAUUGGGCCUUCACAUAUAAUUGCUGAUAAACAUAAAGAAGUACAACAAUUGAUUGAAGAGAUACAGAAGAGACUAAAGAUUACUUCAGACAAAACUUUAACUCAGAGAGCAGCAUUCUUGUUUCCUAAUAAUUCCAAUUCCUGGAACCAUCUAGACGAAAAAAUUAAACAAAAACUUUCCACAGACGGUCAAAACAAAAUUACUGCUGAGCAGUUGAGUAAUUCGUACUGUAAGUUAAAGGACGUUAGGAGUAUCCAGAAGAGUUUAUUCCUGACACCUUGGAAUAAAAAUGCUAUAUCAGCUUUAAAUGGUUGUUUCUGA